AUGAGUGAAAGCCGCGCCGAGUCCGGAAGUAGAAGAAGAGAGAGAGACUGAAAGGCGGAAGAUCCCGUUUGGCCGAGCGAACCGCGCUGAGGUGAAGUGUGUCCCAGGGCUUCCCCACCGCUGCUGCACUGCACCAGGGCAAACAUGACCAGCUGGACUUUCCCUCAGCUCUCCGGAGUGCCACAGUGACGGACCUGACCUCCCGCCCGCGGGUUUGAUCAGAGGAGUUUAUCACAGCUCGAGCCGCCGCCGCCGUGUAAAAGUGCAGCGAGCUUUUCCUUUUAAAACAGACUCGUCCAUUAUCGAUGCCAAAAGAGAGGCGGAGGUCUCUGAAGGAGGCGUUGCCCUGCAGCUCCUCUCCCCUCAGCAGCGGGAAAGAGCGUCAGGGCCACUGCUCGUGCUCGCACGCCUGUGAUGAGCGGCUGCCGAUGGCGAGCGCGCGCCCGGUGCCGCAGCUGACCGUGACGGCGGAGGAAGGCAGCGGCGCGCGGGAGCUCGGCUACGAGGAGGCGGAGGCGCUGAACGGAGGCGCGCCGCUCCGCCGCAAACUCUCCACCUCGUCGGUGUCGUCCACCGGCUCGUCCGUGGUGUUCGAGGAGUCCGAGGACGACAUACUGAGCGACAACGAAACGAAGAGCAAAGGCAUCGUUACUCUGGAGCAUUUGGGAGACGGGGGAGAGCAGGCUAAACCGUGGUGGACGUUGAAGACUGUUGUCCAUUGGCAUGUUGUUGCCUCGCAGAGAAAACGGUUGUCUUGGGUUCAGUUAGCCGGUCAUAAAGGCAGCUUCAAAGCAGGAGAAGAGGGGACCAUCCUGAAGAAGUACGCUGAGAACGAGAAGCUAUGUUUCGAACGCUUAAGUGGAGACGUGCUGGAACGAUUUGUACCAACCUACCGCGGAACAGUUGAGAAGGAUGGAGAGCUCUUCUUGCAGAUGAGUGACCUGCUAACCAGCUUUGAUGGGCCAAACGUUAUGGACUGCAAAAUGGGAGUGAGAACCUAUCUGGAGGAAGAGCUGGAGCGAGCCAGGGAGAAGCCCAAGCUGCGCAGGGAUUUGUAUAGCAAAAUGCUGGAGGUGGACAAUGAGGCUCCCACUGCCGAGGAACACAAGCAGCAGGCCGUGACCAAGCUACGUUACAUGCAGUGGAGGGAGACUAUCAGCUCCACCAGCACCCUGGGCUUCCGCAUCGAAGGCAUCAAGAAAGCAGAUGGAACAUGCCGCACAGACUUUAAGAAGACUCACUCAAGGGAAGACGUCACACAGGUCUUCAAGGACUUUGUCAGCGGGAAUGGAAAAAUAAUUAGCUCCUACAUUAGGAGGCUGGACGAUAUCAGACAGGCUCUGAAGGCUUCAGACUUCUUCAUGAAGCAUGAGGUCAUUGGAAGUUCACUGUUGUUUAUCCACGACCACACGGAGCGAGCUGAAGUUUGGCUCAUCGAUUUCGGAAAGACCACAGCACUCCCUGAUGGACAGAUGUUGGAUCACAAUAAGCCCUGGCAUGAGGGCAACCGAGAGGAUGGAUAUUUAUGGGGCUUUGACAACCUGCUGCACACCCUCAGCUCACUGCCAACACAGUGCUCGUAAUGAACUUAAUGAUGGACCCUUUUACAUCAUGCCAUGGGGAAAUAAGUGAUAAUCCUUUCUUUUGCAGUUUAAAAUCACUCGUGCUCUCUUGACACUCUAGUUUCUCAACUGUUUCACAAGCUUUUCUCUCAUAUGAGUCACUGUCCAAGAGUCCAAGAAAGCAUAAUUUAAUUCAGUUACAGAACACAUCACUUGACAUCAAUUAGGACCCUGUGUUUGUCAGCAGCCUCAAUUUUAAUAACCAUAUAACCAUAGCGGAGACUAUUAUUACACCACUGUACUCUCGAUACACAAUUUACCAUGUAAUAUUACCGAAAGUCCAUUACCAACAAAUUAUCAUAAAAAAGAAGAGGUAAAUUGCUUUACUAAAUGCUUCGAGGUAAGCUUUUAUGACGUCCUUUAUGGUGAUUAGUCAAUGCUAAUGUGGAGCAAAUAGAUAUGUACACUUCCUCCCAGAGGAUAAGAAGCACGUUUAAGGCAGAAUGUAUUAUGUGCACACAGCAUAAUCAAGAAAUAAUAACAAGACCCCCACCCACAUCUUGGAGUUGGUUCACAAGAUUUAGCUGUCACACUCACUUGCUUUCUCUUCAGACCAGUUCUGUGAUCAUUCUUAGUUUCUCACUUCAAGGUGUUGUGGAAUGACUCACUUGUUUGUGUAGUGCCUUUGCUUUGAGCACAAACGGAGACUUGCCGAUUCAUGAGAUUACUGGUGUAGAGGCAAGUGUGCAUUGGUUUAAUGCAGGUUCUGACUCAUGAGCAAAGUGAACCAACAGUCUUGGAAACAGGAGAGCGCAGCAGGAACCUUAGUCAUCUGUUCCACAGGACAGUUAUGUGUAAUGCUAAAAGGAUGCGUAUAAUAACUAAAUACGUGUACUAGUAAUGAAAUAACUGCAGUAUUGUAAUAAGUGUUGCAGAGUUAAUUUUCAGUAACUUGGAUUAUGUGUUUGCAUUACACAUAACAUGGAUUACUCUGAUUGUAUUUGCACCACAAGAGUAGGACUACUUUCCAAGCCGUUUUCACCUUCUUGUUCUGUAAAAUUAGGCACUGUUAGCAGUUAAAGCUCUAUGUUUGUAACUAGAAUGUUGAGUUGAAAUCCCAGGACUGCCAAAGAGCCACUGUUGGCCACUUGAGCAAGGCACAUAACCUUCAACUCCUGGUUUUGUUUUACUCCCAAGCCGUUUGGUUAAGAGCAUCCAUCCCAAAUACCGAAACACAGAAAUUUUGUAGCAAAUUUCUGAUAAAAGGAAAUCACCAAUCUGCAGAAACUGUAAGGCACAUUACCGUGUCUCGUUGUGAUAUUUUUUAUUUUUAUUUUUUUUACCCAAGUUCUUUUUGCUCUCUCUCACCUCCUGUGUUAUUUCUUGAUGUGGGAGUGACCACUAGAACCCAUUCCCUCUGUUGAAACUUUAAAAACGUGUAUGGGUUUACGAGGGUCUGUGGGUUUUUAACCAUGUUUAAACCCCUGAUCAUUUUUAGAGACUUUCCUACUUGAAUAUCACUAGUAUGCAUUUAAUCAGUGUAUAUACAAACUGGUAUGUUUCUGGUUAUUUUUAGAGCUUGUCUUGUGGGAAAGAGUGGUACUGAGACUUUUCUUGUUGAUUUUUUUAAAGGCUUUUAUUGUGUUUUUAUGGUGUUAAGCAUUAAGUGGAAGGACCCGGGCUGCAUUUUGCUGAUCUAUAUUUCUCUAAAAGUAUUUUCCAGGUCAGAUCGGACAACUUUUUACCUUCAAACACUAUUGUUUUUAGGGACAAGGUGACAGUAUUUGUUGUCACAGGAUGAACACAUAUGAGAUGUUCUCAUAAUAAAUAUCUUGAAAGUAA